AUGGACGCCAGAGACAAGCAUCUUCUUCGCUCUCUGCGCCUGGAACUGUGUAGAGAACUGUUGGUGGAAGACUUUGUCGUCCAGUAUCUUUACCAAGAAGGGAUUCUAACAGAGAACCAUGUGCAGGAAAUAAGAUCCCAGGCCACCAACCAUGGGAAAACCAUGAUGCUUCUUGACGUCCUGCCCACAAGAGGGCCCAGGGCUUUCGAGACCUUUCUACAGUCCUUGCAGGAGUUUCCCUGGGUGAGAGACCGACUUGAAGCAAAGCGUAGUGAGGUUAGGCUAGCCGAGCCUGCAGAGGAUGCAAUAGCUGGAAUUUCGCAACGCGUUUUGGAGAGUCCACCAACAGACCAGCAGUUGAGCAGGCUUGCUAGAAGACUUGGACCCGAAUGGGAACACAUUGUGAUGUACUUGGGCUUGACGCACAAUGAUAUUUAUUAUUGUAAAGCCAACCAUCCAUACAACGUCCAGUCACAGAUUGUGAGCGCGUUUGUAUCGUGGAGGCAACGUUUUGGGAACAGGGCUACAGUUGAAAGUCUGUGUGCCGGUAUGAGAAUGGGAGAAUUUGAUGCUUCUGUGCUCCAAGAGGUGUUCCAAUGA